GCAGAUCUCGGAGAUCACCUUUCUGUCCAUCUGCAGCUCUGAGUUAUUCAUGAAGGUCUAUGUGGAGCCCAUUGAUCACUGGAAGGAUGGCUACAACCUGCUCGAUUUGUUCAUUUUCAUCAUCGUCUUUUUCCCCUAUGUCCUCCGCAAGAUCAAGGGCACACAGUAUCCCUACCUGCACAUCGCUGAUGGCUUACAGUCCCUGCGGAUCCUCAAGCUUAUCCCCUACAGCCGGGGCAUCCGGACACUUAUCACCGCCGUGGGGCAGACAGUCUAUACCGUGGCCUCUGUGCUCACCCUGCUCUUCCUCCUGAUGUUCAUCUUCGCCAUCCUGGGCUUCUGCCUGUUUGGAGUUCCAGACAAGGGUGACCGUGACAACUGGGGGAACCUGGCUGCGGCUUUCUUCACCCUUUUCAGCUUGGCCACGGUUGAUGGCUGGACAGACCUACAGAAGGAGCUGGACAAUCGGAAGUUUGCUAUGAGCUGGGCAUUCACCAUCACCUUCAUCUUGCUUGCCUCCUUCAUCUUCCUCAACAUGUUUGUGGGCGUGAUGAUCAUGCACACCGAGGACUCCAUCAAACAGUUCGAGCGAGACCUGAUGGUGGAGCGGCAUGCGACACUCAUGGAAGAGAGGAAGGUGAUUCUGAGGCGGCAGCAGAAGGAGCUCAGCAGGCUGAUGCAUGCACAGGGACACGUUGAGCACAAACGUUUCAGGGAGCUGGUGGAGAACUUUAAGAAGACCCUGCGGCACACUGACCCCAUGGUCUUGGACGAUUUUGGCACUAGUCUGCCCUUCAUGGAUAUCUACCUUUCCACCCUGGACCAUCAGGACACAACGAUCUACAAACUUCAAGAGUUGUACUAUGAGAUCGCACAUGUGCUGGGCCUGAUGCUCGAAGACUUGCCCCAGGAGAAAACCCAGUCCCUGGAAAAGUUCUUUGAGGAGUAGCUGGUGUGGGGGUACCCGGGCAUCGAGGGCCU